GCUAUUUGAUAGGCUGCAAGAUCUGUAAUUGCAUGGGCUUUCAUUGGUUAGCGCCCUACUACCUGUUGUGUUGAUAACAUGGGCAAAUUGGGUUUAUUUUGAUCUAGUGAUCCCCCGAAGAACAGCCGCAGGUGUGAGUGAAAUCUCCUGGGGACAUGUUGAGUAUCUGAAGCGUAUAGAGUCUAUAGACGUCUGUUUGUUUUUAGCUAACAUACCGUUUUGUUCAGCUGCAAUGACUGGAGGUAAGAAAAGCUCUAAAGAGAAAAAGAAGAAGAGGAGAUCUGAGCCUUCCGAAACUGAAUUACAGGGGGACAGGAAGAAAAGAAACACAGAACAGAGAGAUCCGGAAGCCUUGUCUCCUCCUCCACCUGUUGUGAAUAAGGAUGAUGAAGCUGAAGAGCCUAGUGAUAUCGAGGAGGGGGGACUUGAUCUUAAUGUCCCUCUUAAACCCAUAAGCUUUUAUAUUUCUUCCAAAGAGGAAAUGCUUCAGCAAUGCUUUAGGGUUGUAGGAGAGAAGAAGCUUCAGAAAAUGCUACCAGACCUACUAAAGGGCUACUCUAGUGAUGACAUCAAGAAGCUUUGUUUGGAGCAACUGGAGCAAAUGUCAGAGAAGAAGCUGUUGAACAUUCUCGAGGGUGAGCACGGUCUGGAUUCUGCUACUGAUGAAGAAACUGAUGGACCAAUUUCAAAAUCUGGAGCAGAUCUAAUGAGUCAGCAAGACAAUAAUGUAGAUUCCACAUCGUCAUUGAGAGAUAAUACACGGUUUGAAGAUGCUGAUUCAAAAAUAGCCAGGGGAGAAGACUGUGACGCUCUUAGUAUAAAUGCUGACACUUCGGAUAGUGACAUUGAAGGCGUUAGCUGUGAGGAACGAAGUCAUGAAGUACCUGUUGUGGUUGCCCCUAAAAUAGCUGGACAGUCUGAUGACCUUGUAAUGGACAUUGAAAAAAGUGUAAAUGAAAUCCUUGGCCUUGCUGAGCCAGUAGCAGAAGAGGAGCAGUCAGCCACUAUACCAAUACUCCCAGAAGAAGUUCAGCCCUCGGCCCAGCAACUUGAACUGUUGGAACUGGAGAUGAGGGCUCGGGCUAUUAAAGCUCUCAUGAAGGCUGGAGAGGUUAAAAAGUCAUGAUGUUUAAUGUUUUAACCAACUUCUAGAUCACUGCAUAGUAAUCUAGCUGAAGCAAAGAUGAGUGUUUUUCAAGGUUUUAUGUUCUAUAGGUAUUGAAGUGGAAAAAUAAUGUUCUAGUUACAAGAAUAUGCGUUGAGGUAAUAUACUCCUAAAGUAGUAAAACCCCAUGAGCUGUUUUACAGUAAGAAAUGCUUUUUUUAUUUUGUUUUUUAUAAAUAGAUCAUCACUGGCAUGUGCAUAAAACCAUAUGUUAUACAUACUGUAUAUAGCACUGCCAAAAGAAAGAGGAAAAGCCGAGUGUAGUGCAAUGUUAUCUAUAGAGAACGUAAAUAACUUUGUCAGGUUCUGCGCAUUUCAGGAGUUGAAAUUUUCUGUUUUUAUUCAAUUUAGUAAUUUUUUUUAUUUGUUUAAAAGAAGAAACAUUUAUGUUUUGAAAGCUUUAUAACUUUGUUGUCUUUAUUUAAAAUAAUUCAAAACUUUAUACAACAAAAGGGGGAAUUUAAAGAGUUGACAAGUUAGUGUUCAAAAGCAACAACAAUUACACGUGAUAAAAGCCUCCUUGGCAGCAUUUGAAAGAACAGAAGACAUUUCUGUCUCUGAUGCUUUUUCCACUGCCUAUAGAAAUCUCUGGAUUAGCUGCAAGCAAUCUGUAGUCUUUACAGCUGUAUCCACGGGGGUCACACUGUUUGUGCAGUAUACAACUGUGCCUUUGGUGAUUUCAUAUGCUUCUAACUGGGCUUUUUGACAGUUAAGUACACGCCAACUGCUUACGCAUCCCCUUAGUUGUAGGGUCUUCUAUAUAAUUUUAUACUGCACUGUGUCUUAUGAAGAGGUCUUGCAGACUUUCUAAAUAAAAGGCAUCGCCAGACUUA